AUGCCGUCAAUCCUUCAGGUCUCAAAUAUCCUCCACUACAGCUGCUCUUCCGUGGCUGUAGUGUUCGUCUCGGUCGUUACCAUCCUCAACGCCGCUUGUACCACUAGGAAAGAUACCCCACGGAAUUAUGAUCGUCUUGCUAUCAGCCUUUUGAUCCUGGGGUAUUUGGCUGAGGGUGUAGUGACGUUUGUGCGGGAGAGUCAGCAGAGUAAAGAGCCUGAGACGAUACACCUUGUCGUGCUCUUAUCGCUAUGGGCGUUUAUCUGGAGUCAGCGAAGUGCCCCGCGGUCAUUGGUCCUCGGAACAUCGCUUAUCACCCUUGCUUUUGAGAUACCGCUGCAGAUAUUCUCCACCAUCAACAGCCGGAAUGAUAUUUAUCAUAUUGUACAACUUGCAUCUCAAACAAUCAGACUCCUACCUCUUCUUUUCCUCACGAUCUACCAUCUUUCCAACAGCGGUAGAUUCUACACCCCCGACUCAGAAGCAGAAGAAUCACAGCCCUUUCUUCAAUCAAACGGCCAUGCAAAUGGCAGAGCAUGUCCAAGCUACGGCACCGAGACAGCGUCAGACACAGAGGUCGAUGACGACGAGUACAUCUCCGGCAGCGAAUCAGACGAAGAUGUCAUCGAAAUCAAACGCCAACGCGCAAAGAAACUCAAGGAGAAAGGUGGUUGGCUAGGCUACCUCUCCGACUUUUCCAUCUUCCUCCCCUUCUUGAUCCCCAAGAAAGACCGCAAGGUCCAGCUCUGCAUUUUGAUCUCUCUGUUCUGUAUUCUGGCUACUCGAGUCUUCAACAUCCUGGUUCCUCGUCAACUGGGCAUUGUGGCCGAUCAACUUCUCGCCAAGGAGAAUCCCUUCCAUGCUUUGUUCAUCUGGUUGGUCAUGAGCCUUGCUUCUCACGAUGUCGUCGUCGGGCUGAUUGAGUCAUUGGCCAAAAUCCCAAUCAAGCAGUUCUCAUACCGAUCUCUCACGAAUGCAGCGUUUAACCAUGUUCUGUCACUGCCCAUGGAGUUUCACUCUGAGCGUGACUCGGCAGAGGUUAUGAAGGCUAUUGAACAGGGUGAAGCAUUAACCAACGUGCUUGACAUGCUUGUCAUCGAAAUUCUCCCAACUGUUAUCGAUCUGGCUAUUGCUUUUGUAUUUCUCUACUGGAAGUUCAACAGCUAUGUCGCCCUCGCCAUGGCAAUUGGCUCAGUCCUCUUCAUCACGUUCGAAGUCAAAGCGACAGGAUGGAACCUCGACAACCGACGAGAAUCGACAAAGUCCAAGAGAGAAGAAGUCCGUGUUAUGCAUCAAGCUGUUCAGGGCUGGCAGACCGUCACUUACUUCAACAUGUUCAACUACGAGAAGUAUCGCUUCGGAUCGGCGGUGAACAAGCAGCUAUCCGCUGGUCUGAACUUCGAGAAGAGGGAUGCUUACAUCCAGCUGUUACUCAACGCUCUUAUCCCGUGCACUUUCUGUACACUGGCGAGUCUUGUCAUCUACGACAUUUGGCACGGUUAUUCAACCCCCGGUGACUUUGUAUUCUUCAUUCAGUACUGGGAAUACUUAGUCUGGCCGUUGAAGUUCCUGUCCCAUAGUUACAGACAGCUCAUGUCAGACUUGGUAGAUGCUGAACGUCUGCUCUAUCUGCUGCAGACGAAGCCCACUAUCACUGACAAGGAGGGUGCUAAGGACCUAGAGAAGGUCGAGGGACGUGUUGCGUUCCAUGACGUUUGCUUCUCUUAUGAUCCUCGGAAACCAACAAUCCAAGACCUUUCACUGUCAGUUGAGCCUGGACAGACUGUUGCGUUGGUUGGUGAGACGGGAGCUGGCAAGUCUUCUAUCAUGAAGCUGCUACUUCGGUUCUACGAUAUUGAUGAGGGGUCCAUUACUAUUGACGGCUAUGAUAUCCGGGAUAUUACUCUCAGCUCGCUGAGAAAUGCUCUCGGUGUCGUUCCUCAAGAUCCACUUCUCUUCAACGCAUCGAUCCUCAAGAACAUGCGUUACGCCCGACCUUCAGCAACAGACGAGGAGAUCUACGCCGCUUGUCGCUCUGCAGCCAUCCACGACAAGAUUCUGAGCUUCGUCGAUGGAUAUAAUACAGAGGUUGGAGAGCAGGGUGUCAAGCUGUCAGGAGGAGAGAUCCAGAGACUAGCGAUCGCUCGAGUCUUCCUCAAGAAUCCUCCCAUCUUGAUUCUCGAUGAGGCAACGAGUGCAGUUGACACGAAUACAGAGUCAAGUAUCCAGGGUGCUCUGGAUGAGUUGAAACGUGCCAGGUCGACAUUCGUCAUUGCGCAUCGAAUAUCCACUAUUGUCAACGCGGACAAGAUCUUGGUUAUUCACAACGGACAGGUCGUUGAGUCUGGUACACACGCGGAGCUGAUCUCAAUAGACGGGAGGUACAAGGAGUUAUGGAACAAACAGGUUGGCAACAAAUAG